UUUUCAACCCGGAAGUAGCCGUUUACAGCUCCCUGUCCGUCUAGAAGCGGAAAUGAACGAGCUCUUUUUCACUUCAUGUUUUUCUCCAUUUUAUUAACAGCUUAAGAAGAAAUAAAUAAAUAAACACCACGAGGCUAAAGAUGUCGGAAACCGGGAAUCGACUCCGGAAACUGCUCGAAUCGCCGAACUUCGACCCGCAGUCGUACGUGAAGCAGCUGUCCCAGCAGUCGGAUGGCGACAGAGACCUGCAGGAGCACCGGCAGAAGAUCCAAAACCUGGCCGACGAGACGGCCCAGAACCUGAAGAAGAACGUGUACAAGAACUACAGACAGUUCAUCGAGACGGCCAAGGAGAUCUCGUACCUGGAGAGCGAGAUGUACCAGCUGAGCCACAUCCUGACCGAGCAGAAGAGCAUCAUGGAGAGCAUCACCCAGGCCUUGCUGUCCGCCGACAAGGACGAGACCUCCAAGGAGAUGCAGGCGGCCUUCCCCAAAGAGACAGAGGAGCUGAAGCAGAGGACCCUCACCUCUCUGCUGGAGAAAGUUGAAGGAGCUGAGAACAUCAUGGACACCCCAGGGAGACACCUGGUCUACAACGGGGACCUGGGGGAGUUUGAUGUGGACAACAUGGCCCACAUCCAGAAGGUGCAYGCCUUCCUGAUGAACGACUGCCUGCUGAUCGCCACCUGGCUCCCCAGCCGCAAAGACAAGGUGAAGUAUAAAUACAACGCCCUGUACGACCUGGAGAGCUUCGCCGUGGUGAACGUGAAGGACAACCCCCCCAUGAAGGACAUGUUCAAGAUCCUCAUGUUCCCGGACAGCCGCAUCUUCCAGGCCGAGAACAGCAAGGUCAAGAAGGAGUGGCUGGAGAUCCUGGAGGCAACCAAGAAGAAUAAAGCCUCCAAGGACAAACACAAGAAGGAGGAGGCGGCUCCUACGUCUCCUGUCCGAGCCGAGGUCUCCACCAACCCCUUCGACGUGGACGACGAGCCAGCAGAAGAGUGCGCGAGCCUCAGCCCCGAGUGGAUCCAGGAGCUGCCUGAAGACCUGGAUGUGUGCAUCGCCCAGAGGGACUUUGAGGGUGCCGUGGACCUGCUGGACAAGCUCAGCGAGUACCUGAAGGAGCAGCCGGCCAGCCCGAAGGUGAAGGAGCUGCGGGCCAAGGUGGACGAGCGGGUGUGGCAGCUGACCGAGGUGCUGGUGUUUGAGCUGUCUCCGGACCGCUCGCUGCGAGGGGGGCCGAAAGCCACCCGGAGAGCCGUGUCCCAACUCGUCAGGCUAGGUCAGUCCACCAAAGCGUGCGAGCUGUUCCUGAAGAACCGCGCCGCGGCCGUCCAAACGGCCAUCCGGCAGCUGCGCAUCGAGGGCGCCACGCUGCUGUACAUCCACAAACUCUGCAACAUUUUCUUCACCAGCCUGCUGGAGACCGCCAAGGAGUUCGAGAUGGACUUCGCGGGGAACACCGGCUGCUACUCCGCCUUCGUGGUCUGGUCCAGAGCGGCCAUGACCAUGUUUGUGGACGCCUUCAGCAAACAGGAAGAGAUGCACAGCUGUGGCAUCAGCUUCCAGCAGUACACGGGGGACGACUGCUGGGUGAACCUGAGCUACACCAUCGUGGCCUUCACCAAGCAGAUGAUGAGCUUCCUGGAGGAAGGCCUGAAGCUUUACUUCCCCGAGCUGCACAUGGUGCUGCUGGAGAGCCUGCGGGAGAUCAUCCUGGUGGCCGUGCAGCACGUGGACUACAGCCUGCGCUGCGAGCAGGACCCAGAGAAGAAGGUCUUCGUCCUGCAGAACGCCUCCUUCCUCCACGACACGGCGCUGCCGGUGGUGGAGCGACGCUUCGAGGAGGCCGUGGGCAAGCCGGCCAAGCAGCUGCGAGACCUGAGGAAGAGCACGAGGUCGGUGCGGGUGAACCCGGAGAGCACCACAUCCUUGGUGUGAGACCGACGGGAUCUGCUGCGGCUCCUGAAACAAAGGAUGUGGAGAAACAGGUCUGAGCUAACCACAACACUAACUACUGGUUCUUUCAAAGCUAACGCACAGGAAAUGAAUGCAUCAUGGAAAACACUCACAAUAACAGCAGAGUGCUUAAAGCUCAUAUUUUCUGCUCUAAAAACACUUUGCAAGAGUUUCAUGUUUAUAUAUUAAAAAGUGAAAACAUCUGUUUGCAAACAGCUGCUUUUAUCUUCACAGGUUUAUUCACUGAGACUAUUUCUGCUGUUUGAAAGAAAAUACUCUAAACACAACACACUGUGACGUUUGAGUGUUUUGAUUURGUCAAACCCAGAGCGCACAAUCACGUAAACUAAUGAAAGAGAUGACUGAUGAAACAUGCACUCAGAUGUUCUUCAUCAGUCAAAUUAUGUACGAUUUUCUUUGACUGUAACAUAAAAUCAAAUAAAAGUCUUUCAGGGCACGUUCA